GGAUUGUAAAAAGUCAAAAUAAUCCCUGAUUCUAGGUUUAAAAAUGUGUCACGCUUAUUCUCCACCGCCACGCCACUCCACUUGUGUUUCUCUGGUGGUGCUGUUCCUUCUGAUUCCGAAGCUACACUCAGCCCCUUCUCAGAUUCAAACUCUUUUCAGAAUGGGAGCUGGGCGUGAAGUCUCAAUCUCACUCGACGGAGUCAGGGACAAGAACCUAAUGCAGCUCAAGAAGCUCAACAUAGCUCUUUUCCCUGUUCGUUACAAUGAAAAAUACUAUGCCGAUGCACUUGCUUCCGGUGAAUUCACUAAACUAGCAUACUACAGUGACAUAUGUGUUGGUGCAAUUGCAUGCCGGCUUGAGAAGAAGGAAAAUGGGGGACAAAUCCGGGUUUACAUUAUGACUUUAGGUGUUUUGGCACCUUACCGUGGGCUUGGUAUUGGAACAAAGCUCUUGAAUCAUGUACUUGAUCUUUGCUCCAAGCAAAACAUUUCUGAGGUUUACUUGCAUGUGCAGACAAAUAACGAAGAUGCCAUAAACUUUUAUAAGAAAUUUGGGUUUGAAAUCACAGAAACAAUCCAGAACUAUUAUACAAACAUCACACCACCAGACUGCUAUGUUCUUACGAGGCAGACAGUUCAGAGCCCAACAAAGAAAUAGCAUUUCAGUGGCAUUUAUUUUCGGUGAAGACAUAAGAGAUUUGCAUUUGUUAUUGGAUUUUUGCCAUGGAUGUAUUAUAAGCUUUGCCAUUUCAAUGGCUAGGUUUCGAACGGUAAAGUUAUCUCAAAAAAAUAGAAGCAUUUGGAGAUCUAUUGCUAAGGUACUAUCUAAUUACCUACGUCAUUUUCAUAGCUAUCUUUGGUCUUUCUCCCAUCUUCUCAUUUUCACCAGAAUAGUGUUGAAUUUGAAA